GCUCAACGCUGUAUUCUACAAAGAGAGAACGUGAAGGGGGAGCGAAUUGAAGUAGAAGUAAUGGGCAACAUUUGUUCGGAUGGAAAAAGUAGCACUUUCAAGUGGAGGAUUGAAGGUUUUUCGUCUCUUCUCGAGCAUAAAUCAAACCAUCACUAUUCUCACCCCUUUCCAUAUAAAGGCUUCAAUUGGAAGCUGAUGGUUUACCCCAAGAACACCGAGGAAAAGAGCGGGAAAGCUUGCAUCGGCCUUAGCCUUGUUCUGGAUGAUGCUGGUUCUCUACCAUCUAGCUUCGCGAUUGUGACCGACCUGAGGCUUCGGAUAUGCGACCAAGUAUUCAACAAACACUACGAUCGUCAAGGUGAACGUCUAGUCGUCCUAUAA